AUGUCGGCGCCGGCAGCUAAAGUCAGUAAAAAGGAGCUCAACUCCAAACACAACAGGGCCGACGAGACCUCAGAAAAAGAACAGCAAGAAGCAAUUGAACAUAUUGAUGAAGUACAAAAUGAAAUAGACAAACUUAAGGAACAAGCCAGUGAGGAGAUUUUGAUAGUAGAACAGAAAUAUAACAAACUCCGCCAACCAUUUUUUCAGAAGAGGUCGGAAUUGAUCGCCCAAAUCCCAAAUUUUGGGGUAACAUUUGUUAACCAUCCACAAGUGUCUGCACUGUUUGGGGAGGAGGAUGAAGAGGCGCUGCAUUAUUUGACAAGAGUCGAAGUGACAGAAUUUGAAGAUAUUAAAUCAGGUUACAGAAUAGAUUUUUAUUUUGAUGAAAACCCUUACUUUGAAAAUAAAGUUCUCUCCAAAGAAUUUCAUCUGAAUGAGAGUGGUGAUACAUCUUCAAAGUCCACUGAAAUCAAAUGGAAAUCCGGAAAGGAUUUGACAAAACGUUCAAGUCAAACUCAGAAUAAAGCCAGCAGGAAGAGACAGCACGAGGAACCAGAAAGCUUCUUCACCUGGUUUACUGAUCAUUCUGAUGCAGGUGCAGAUGAGUUAGGAGAGGUCAUCAAAGAUGAUAUUUGGCCAAAUCCAUUACAGUACUACUUGGUUCCGGACAUGGAUGAUGAGGAAGGGGAAGGAGAAGAAGAUGAUGAUGAAGAGGAAGAAGAAUUGGAAGAUACUGAUGAAGAAGGGGAUGAGGAUGAAGGUGAAGAUGAUGAAAAUGAAGAUGAGGGGGAGGAAGGAGAGGAAGGUGAAGCAGAAGAUGACUAA